GUCUACACCCACUCCUCUCACGCCUUGCCCGGGCUCUGUGUUGCCGUCCUUUGCGAAGUGUCUGCGUUUAAGUGGAGUUACCGCUCCCCCGACCGAUACCAGUGUUUCCAUAACGAUUAUGGGGUUUUCUGUAAACAAUAUGGCUGCCGGAGAGCACGAGGAAACACUACAAGUUCCGGCAUGCACUGGGCGUGAGCGCGUGCGCAGUAUUACCUUCCCCUUGUGUAACGGAAGCACGUGAGAGAGCCGCUAGGAGACCAACUACUAAGGACAAGUGGGGCCGCGCCACUUCUGCAGAGACAUGUCUAGUUUGGCCGCAGCCAGUUGUGAGUCUCUGAGCCCCAGUGCAGAGAGUCAGGAGAAGAAGCCCCUGAAGCCGUGCUGUGCGUGUCCGGAGACUAAGAAAGCACGAGAUGCCUGUAUCAUUGAGAAUGGCGAGGAGAAGUGUCAGCAUCUUAUUGAGGCGCACAAGGAGUGCAUGAGAUCCCUGGGAUUCAAAGUGUGACCAUGGGGCGGGGAGCGACUGAGUGUGAGUGGGAAUGGGUGAGUGCGGACUUACAUUUUUAACUUAUUUCUGUCGCGUGUUGGAGUGUGCUGUGGGCGCCCGGAUGCCAUAACUGAAGGAGUGCUGCUGGCCUGCUUUCCUCGCUUUCUUUCUGACUCAUUGAGGCACUCCCAAUUCUCUCUCUUUGAAAUGGAUUAAAUAUGCAUAAGACAA